UUUAGGUGACGUCAUGACGCUCUAACCCAGCCAACAUGGCUGACAGCAUCCCGUUAAAUCCGGUUCGGAAAAGCUCCAGGAGAACCGCGAACUACAGUUCAGCCAGGCUUUCCAGAUUUUCUCUAGAAGAUGAGCCGUCCAACCUGGACGAGAUGCCCCUGAUGAUGUCUGAGGAAGGCUUCGAGAACGACGAGAGCGACUACCAGACGCUGCCGCGCGCCAGGCGGGGCCAGCGGCGCCUGGGCCUGGGCUGGUUCCUGCUGGGAGGCUGGGAGGUCCUCUGCACCAGCUGCUGCGACUGCCUGGCUCAUGUCUGUCGGAGGAAGAAGGAGAUGAAGGCUCGCACCGUUUGGCUCGGCCGGCCGGAGAAAUGCGAAGAAAAGUUCCCAAAGAACGGCAUCAAGAAUCAGAAGUACAAUGUCCUGACCUUUGUCCCCGGGGUUCUGUACCAGCAGUUCAAGUUCUUCCUCAACUUGUACUUCCUGGUGGUUUCGUGCUCCCAGUUCGUCCCGGCGCUGAAGAUCGGAUACCUGUACACGUACUGGGCCCCUCUGGGUUUCGUGUUGGCCGUGACGAUGGUGCGGGAAGCCGUGGACGAAGUGCGGCGCCAUCAGCGGGACAAAGAGAUGAACUCUCAGCUCUACAGCAAGCUGACAGUCAGAGGUAAAGUCCAAGUGAAAAGUUCAGAUAUACAAGUUGGAGACCUGAUAAUCGUUGAAAAGAACCAGAGGAUUCCUGCAGACAUGAUUUUCCUGAGGACGUCGGAGAAAACGGGAGCCUGUUUCAUCCGGACGGAGCAGCUGGACGGAGAGACGGACUGGAAGCUGAAGGUGGCAGUGAGCUGCACUCAGUGCCUGGCAGCGGUCGGGGACCUGUUCUCCAUCAGUGCUUUCGUCUACGCCCAGAAGCCCCAGCUGGACAUCCACAGCUUCGAGGGAAACUUCACCCGGGAAGACGUGGAACCGCAGAUCCAUGAGAGCCUGAGCAUCGACAACACGCUGUGGGCGAGCGCCGUGGUCGCAUCAGGAACGGUGAUCGGAGUGGUGAUCUACACGGGGAAGGAGACUCGGAGUGUCCUCAACACGUCCCACGCCAAGAACAAGGUGGGCCUUCUGGACCUGGAGCUGAACCGCCUCACCAAAGCCCUGUUCCUGGCCCAGCUGGUUCUGUCCAUCGUCAUGGUGGCGCUGCAGGGCUUCGUGGGCCCAUGGUUCCGGAACCUCUUCCGCUUCGUGGUCCUGUUCUCCUACAUCAUUCCCAUCAGCCUGCGGGUCAACCUGGACAUGGGGAAGUCGGCGUACGGAUGGAUGAUCACCAGAGACGAAAACAUUCCCGGCACCGUGGUCAGAACCAGCACCAUCCCUGAAGAACUGGGCCGGCUGGUCUACCUGCUGACAGACAAGACAGGAACCCUGACGCAGAACGAGAUGGUGUUCAAGCGGCUUCACCUGGGAACCGUCGCCUACGGCAACGACACCAUGGACGAGAUCCAGAGCCACAUCGUCCAGUCCUACGCUCAGGGUCCGACUCAGCCUUCCGGAGGCGGCACCGGGAACGCUGCGGUGGCACGGAGCAACCCGCCGCAGGGCCCCAAGGUCCGAAAGAGCGUGAGCAGCCGGAUCCACGAGGCGGUGAAGGCCGUCGCUCUGUGCCACAACGUGACGCCGGUCUACGAGUCGCACGCCGCCGCCGGGGAGACGGAGUCGGCGGAGGCCGACCAGGACUUCAGCGACGACAACCGGACCUACCAGGCCUCCAGCCCAGACGAGGUGGCGCUGGUGCGCUGGACGGAGAGCGUUGGGCUGACCCUGGUCAACAGAGACCUGACGUCGCUGCAGCUGCGGACGCCAUCAGGACAGAUCCUGUCCUUCCUCAUCCUGCAGGUUUUUCCGUUCACGUCGGAGAGCAAGCGAAUGGGCAUCAUCGUUCGGGAGGAGGCCACCGGAGAAAUCACCUUCUACAUGAAGGGGGCCGACGUUGCCAUGGCGACCAUCGUCCAGUAUAACGACUGGCUGGAGGAGGAGUGUGGGAACAUGGCCAGAGAGGGCCUGAGGACCCUGGUGGUGGCCAAGAAGUGCCUGUCUGAGGAGCAGUAUCAGGACUUUGAGAGCCGCUACAGCCAGGCCAAGCUGAGCCUGCUGGACCGGACGCUGAAGGUGGCGGCGGUGGUGGAGAGUCUGGAGAGGGAGAUGGAGCUGCUGUGCCUGACCGGCGUGGAGGACCAGCUGCAGGCCGACGUCCGACCCACGCUGGAGCUGCUGAGGAACGCCGGCAUCAAGAUCUGGAUGCUGACUGGAGACAAAAUGGAGACGGCUACCUGCAUUGCCAAGAGCUCCCACCUGGUGUCCCGGACUCAGGACGUCCACGUCUUCAAGCCGGUGUGCAGCCGUGGGGAGGCGCACCUGGAGCUCAACGCCUUCAGGAGGAAGCAUGACUGCGCGUUGGUGGUCUCCGGAGACUCCCUAGAGGUGUGUCUGCGCUACUAUGAGCAUGAGUUCGUGGAGCUGGCCUGCCAGUGCCCAGCUGUGGUCUGCUGUAGAUGCUCGCCCACACAGAAGGCCCAGAUCGUCCGGCUGCUGCAGCAGCACACAGCCAACAGAACCUGCGCCAUAGGAGACGGAGGGAACGAUGUGAGCAUGAUCCAGGCUGCAGACUGCGGCAUCGGGAUUGAAGGAAAAGAAGGGAAGCAGGCGUCGCUGGCUGCAGACUUUUCUGUUUCGCAGUUCCGGCACAUCGGCCGCCUGCUGAUGGUCCACGGCAGGAACAGCUACAAGCGCUCGGCCGCGCUCGGACAAUUCGUCAUGCACCGAGGGAUGAUCAUCUCCACCAUGCAGGCCGUCUUCUCCUCCGUCUUCUUCUUCGCCUCUGUGCCGCUCUACCAGGGUUUCCUCAUGGUCGGGUACGCCACCAUCUACACCAUGUUCCCCGUUUUCUCGUUGGUUCUGGACCAGGACGUGAAGCCCGAGACGGCACUGCUCUACCCAGAACUCUACAAGGAUCUGACCAAGGGUCGCUCCUUGUCCUUCAAAACCUUCCUGAUCUGGGUUCUGAUCAGCAUCUAUCAAGGUGGCAUCCUGAUGUACGGCGCCCUGGUUCUGUUCGAGUCUGAAUUCGUCCAUGUGGUGGCCAUCUCGUUCACGGCGCUGGUUCUGACGGAGCUGCUGAUGGUGGCGCUGACCGUCCGGACCUGGCACUGGCUCAUGGUUCUGGCCGAGUUCUUCAGCCUGGGCUGCUACCUCGCCUCGCUUGCCUUCCUCAACGAGUAUUUCGGCAUCGGCAGAGUGUCGUUUGGAGCUUUUCUCGACCUGUCCUUCAUCACAACAUGGCCGUUCCUCUGGAAGGUGUCGGCCAUCACGCUUGUCAGCUGUCUUCCUCUCUACAUCAUCAAAUACCUGAAGCGUAAAUUUUCUCCUCCCAGCUACUCCAAGCUGUCGUCCUGAACAGCGCCCCUGCUGGCCGAAGAGGGAACAUGGCAUUGCUUCGGGUCGAUCUGCCUUCAGCUCUUUUAAAUAUUUUCUGAAAGCUCCAGUUUGCUUUUAUAAACUGAUUUUUUUUACUGAUGUUUUUUAUUUGACGUGUUUACGGCUGCGAUCUGUUGAAGGGCGUGAGAAACUCGAGUAAUUCCUCAUGUUUUCACCACAGACUGGCCAUCCGGGCGUAGAACCAUCAACCUUCAUCCACGCUGAACAGGAAACGUCUUCAGCAGGAAGUGGCGGCUCGUUUUGUGCCUCCCGGGUGUUAAAUCCUGCUGAGCUCCUUCUGAAAGCAGCUUUCAGGCAGAAUGAGUUUUAUCAUUCAGUCUCUGCUGGAACAAGCUGCUGCUCUGCCCUGAAAACAAACCUGGAUGUAUUUUCUAGGGACGGAUC